GCACAAGACUGUUGGUCCGCAUUCUAGAUAGUUUUAUAGUUCAGGGAUUUUACUUAAAAUUUAAGAACAUUUGAUUUUGGUGUUGAUCAACUAUCAAAAUAUCAAAUUGAAACCAAUUAGAACAGUAAUAUUGCCAUUUAAGCAGAAGAAAGGAAAAAUAAUAUUUUAACAGUUUUCUUCAACCUGUGAAAUGCAGUCAUCAAUUAUUCGGUGGAACAAUGUUGUUUUAAAUCCUAACCUAAGUCGUUGCCUUUGUACUACCGGUAUUCAAUUUAGUAAUAGAGAAGCCAGAUUUUUAAAGAAAAUGAUGUCUACUGGUAAAAAAAAAAAACACUUCCAUAAUAAUAUGUCAUCGCGGCCUCCUUCCUUAAAAUACGAAACAAGCAUAACACAACACAAGAGCCGUAGAACUGUGGUUCUUAAUAAAUUAUUUAUGAAACACAUAACGGAUUUAAUGACAACAGGUGAAGUAGCUCCACAACUUGUUGGUCGAGGCAUAGAAAUUUCUCAAGUUAGCGUAACAAAUGAUUUUAAAUUCAUCAAUGUUUAUUGGCACAGCAGAUUUGAUACGUCAUUUAACGAAUCAACUGAAGAAAUAUUACAAAAUUGUGGUGGACAAUUACAACACGAAUUAUCACAACUUCGAGUAAUAGGUCUUGUACCUCAUAUUAAAUUUGUUAAAGAUAGAAAAUUAUUUAUUUUAAAUGAAGUAGAGAGGAGAUUAUCGACAAUUGAUUUUGGUGAUGAUUAUGUACCGGCUAAUAAAAUAAAUAGAAACUGUGAAUCAGUUAUAUUUACGAAAUUUUCAUCCGAAACUAAAUCUGAUAUUCGUAAACUAGACGCAUCUACACAAAUUGAAGAGAAUAUUGAUUUAGACAUUAAUUUACCAGAAAUGCGAAACGAUGUUCUUGGUUUAGAUUGUUCCCUUAUUAUGAGUAAGAUUCAAACAUCUUUAGAAAAAAGUGGAAUGUUAAAUCACAGGAAGUCUACAUCUGAAAAUAAAUUUCCAGAAAAUUUUACCGCCGAGCAAUUUCUAUCAAAUAAUGAGAGGCGAACAUUAUUUAACAAUUUUUUGAAACAACAAGAAAUUAAAGCUAAAUUAAAAAGAAAGUCUAGGAAUGAUAAUGACAGAAAUUUUGAAAAUUUCGACGACGACAACGAUAAUGAUGAUGAUGAUGACGUUGAUGAUUAUUCUGACGUUGAUGAUUAUUCUGACGUUGAUGAUUAUUCUAACGUUGAUGAUUAUUCUGACGUUGAUGAUUAUUCUAACGUUGAUGAUGAUUAUAAUUAUUACCAUAACGAUGAUGAUAAUCAAAAAGAUUUCGAGGAUUGUAAAUAAAUAUAGAAAAGUUAUUAACAAACAAAUCAUUUUAUUUACAUCCAUUAUAUGCAAACCAUAAUCCACUUCAAAUAAUGUAACAAAUUAACAAAAUUUAAAAUUUAUAAAAAUACUAACAUACGUAUUUUGCUUAAUAUAUUUAUAAAUUUUAUCACUAUUUUUCUUUUCUCACUAUGAUUUUUUGUAAAAUAAUGCAUAACUUAACAUAAUAACUCUAAAGCAAAUAACUUAUUUUUAUUAUUACACUCAAAAAAUUGUUGAUGCAGCUGAUAUGCUUUUUCAAAGGAAGCAAUAACUUGCCAUUAAAUUGUUUUCUUAAUUAAAAUGAUUUUUUAAAUAUAAGUUCUAUUGACAAUAUAAUAUAAUGCAUAAACGUCUCCGAAUAAAAGUAUAUACAGUAUAAGUAUAUAUAUAAAAAAAAUUGAUUUCUCUAAUCGUAGUAAAGUUGUUAAUUAUUAUUUUUUUUUAUGUAAAUUUUAUGUAUAUACAAUUUAUUUGCACCAAUUUGUGUUUUUCAAGAUAUUGAUAAAUUGGUGCACGUUUCCUAAAUUGGGAUAUUUAUAUGUUAAAUAAAAUCUAAAAUUAUUAAGAGAGCAAGAAUAAUUAAAGGUACAUUAAAUGUCGACGUUCAUUUGGAAACUAAAUAUAUGAAUCGAAAAUUAAAUUAAAAUAGCCUGCUAUUUUUGUGUCAUUAUUAUAAACUAGUAUCUAUUUUACUAAUAAUAAUUUAGUAUUUAUUUUAAUAUAGGCACAAUUUUAUUGACAUUAAAAUUCAAGAUAGACCAAUAAAAGAAAUUUCUUUG